AACCAUAAUUCAAUUUCUUGCUUGCAAAAAAGACUUGAACGUGAAAGAAUAUGGCUCGUCUAAAUAUUUUUGCUGUCUGCUUUGUGUCUCUUUUUCUAUACAACUUUGCACAGUGCUCAAAUAAAGCACUCGAUUCAAAUGUUGAAGUUAAUUUUGUGCAAAAUUUGACCGAUUUUUUGCAACAAAAUCCGGGAAUUAAAUUGGAACCAUUGGAAAAAAUUGUGAAAUCAAAUGACCCAUCAACAAGAAUUCAAAUUGUCCAUAGAAUCGGAAAUCGUAUACCUGGUGAUCGAAUAUUAGCCGUUGAUUCUGCAGAAAAACGUUAUAAUCAACCACAAGAUGUUCGUCUUAAUUUAUUUUAUCCACAGACUGGACCUGGUAACAUGAUAAUCACCUAUCUCGAAGUGCAAGUUGAUCAGAGUACCAACUUAAGCCAGGCAUUUGUUAUUAAAGGCGGAAUCGGACAGAGAGAAAUAUCCAUCGUUGUCGAGUCCAAACAAACUCUUUACUUCAAUCACAAAGCAUCUAUUUUUGGUUAUUAAAUGUCUUUUGACUUUUUUUAGCAUUUUUGAUUUGUAAUAUUUCAAUGUUAAUUUAUCUUCAAUAAAAUGAAAUUACAAAAAAAAAUACUUGUUUGGAAAUUCGGCAAGUGAA